AUGGGGGUGCCUUCCUUCUACAAGUGGCUCGUGGGCAAGUACCCCAACAUCGUCGUCCCCGCCAAGGAAGAAGACGAAGCUGGCGCCGGCACGUCGUCGCCGUCGUCGCGGGGGGACGAACAAGCCGCCGGACCCAAUGGCGUCUACCACAACCUGUACCUGGACAUGAACGGCAUCAUCCACCCCUGCUUCCACCCGGAGGACCAGGUGUACCCGCCGAAGACGUUCGACGAGGUGUUCGCGGCCAUGUUCGAGUACAUCGACCGCCUCUUCCACGUCGUCAGGCCUACCAAGCUGCUCUACUUGGCAGUAGAUGGUGUUGCUCCCCGCGCCAAAAUGAACCAGCAGAGGUCCAGGCGCUUCAAGGCUGCCAAGGAUGCUAAAGAUGCGGAACUGGAGGAGAAGAUUCUGAGAGAGAAGUUCAGAGCUGAAGGGAGGGAGGUGCAACCGCGGGAGACGCAUGAGGUUUCGGAUCCCAACGUCAUCACGCCGGGGACGGAGUUCAUGGAGAAGCUUUCCAAAGCCCUCGAGUACUACAUCCGGUCCCGGUUGAAUAGUGACCCCGGGUGGAAAGGCAUCAAGGUAAUACUCUCUGAUUCAAAUGUACCUGGAGAAGGUGAACACAAGAUCAUGUCUUUCAUCCGGGGACAACGGAGCCUGGAGAACUAUGACCCAAACACAAGGCACUGCUUGUAUGGACUGGAUGCGUUACGUCCGACUCAGCCAGAAAAUUGCAUCCCUCUAUCUAAAGAACUGUUUAAAACUGAAGAUUCCUCAAGAAAAUGUAGAGGAUGGUUGCCCCGCAUGACAGAAACAACUCCAAGUAGGGACAUGUCUCCCAAGAAACCUUACCAGUUUUUGAACAUAUGGGUUCUGAGGGAGUACCUGGAGCUUGAUUUGAAGAUACCAAACCCGGUUGUCAAAACGGGUAUCGAGAGGCUAAUAGAUGAUUUCAUAUUUAUCUGUUUCCUGACAGGAAAUGACUUCAUUCCACAUAUUCCUUCAGUUGAGAUACAUGAGGGUGCAAUUGAUCUGCUAUUGGAAGUCUACAAACAAGCAUUUAACAAAAUGGGAGGCUAUAUUGUGAGCACAGAGAAGUUAAAAGACAAACAUGCUGCAUAUCUUAAAGUUUCGAGGUUGGAAAAGUUUUUUCAUGAACUGUCCUUGUGUGAAGAGAAAAUUUUUCUUAAAAGAUAUGAACUGCGAGAGAGGUUACAGCGCAAUUUAGUGCGCCGAUCUGCAGAAGAAUGGAAAGAAAGAAACUAUGGCAAUAUGCUUUCUUUUACUCAAGAAGAAAAUCCUGAUGGUCCAGACUUGACAGUAAAGUCUUUUUCAACAAACUGCGGACACUGUAAGAGUGUGCAUCGAGAUCCUCCACAGGGACCUUUGUAUGAUGUUGUACGGUACUAG